AGGAGGGGUGACAAUACCACUGGGUGAGUGAGGGUCUGGAGCUCACAGCACAAGUGGCUGUUCCUGACCUAAAAAUCUGACGGUGCAGGUCAGAGAAUGGCUACAGUCAACAGUGAUGCCACAGAUAAAGACACGUCCCCAUUCAAAAUCCUUCUCACCUUGGUGGUCUCCGGAGUCGAGUGCCUCACAGGUGUGAUUGGGAAUAGCUUCAUCACGGCCAUGCAUGGUGCUGAGUGGGCCAGAGGCAAAAGACUUCAAGUAAGUGACUACACCUUGUUGUUCUUGAGUUUCUCCAGGCUCUUGCUCCAGAUUUGGAUGAUGGUGGAAAUUACCUGCAGCCUCCUCUUCCGGGUCACCUAUAACCAAAACAAGGUGUACAUCCCCUUCAAGGUCAUCCUGAUGUUCCUGAACUAUUGCAACCUCUGGAUGGCCGCCUGGCUCAAUAUCUACUACUGCCUGAGGAUUGCCCAUUUCCCGCGUCCUCUGUUCCACUGGAUGAGGAGAAAAAUCGUGGUGCUGAUGCCUUGGCUUCUGAAGGGGUCUCUGGUCAUCUCCUUAGGUGGUGGCCUUUCCUUCUGUAAAGACAUAUUCAACGUGUACGUGAAUAACUCCACCCCGAUUCCUGCUUCCAACUCCACAGAGAACAGGUACAUCUCUGAGACCAAUGUGACGAACCUGGUUCUCCUCCUUUAUCUGGGCAUCUUCGUGCCUUUGAUCCUGUUCAUCUUGGCUGCCACCCUGCAGAUCAUCUCGCUCCGGAGACAUGUCUUGCACAUGGGGAGCAAAGCCACAGGCUCCAGGGACCCCAGCAUGGAGGCCCACGUGGGGGCCAUCAAAGCCAUCAGCUAUUUCCUCAUCCUAUACCUCUUCAAUGCAGUGGCUCUGUUUCUUUCUCUGUCCAACAAGUUCGACACCAACAGCUCCUGGAAUAUUCUCUGCAAAUUGAUCAUGGCUGCCUACCCUGCUAGCCACUCCGUACUCCUGAUUGCAAGCAACCCUGGGCUCAGAAGAGCCUGGAGACGAGUUCAGCACCGAGCCCAUCUUUAUCUCAAAUGGCAGAAUCUGUGA